UACUUUUUCUUUUUUCUUUUAUUCUAGCGAACAUCCUGUUCCUUUUGCAAGUUGAAAGUUGAAAUUCCAGACCCAAACUCUGUUGCCUUCCAAAAUUCUUUUCUUUCUUAUUUGUUGCUCCAACAUGAGGUUAUUAUCUUAUUCUCCUUCUUACUCAUCAUCUUCAUCCACCACAACUUUUGAUGCAAAUAUGUGCAAUUCAAAGAGUGCCACUGCCGGGUGUCUAGCGGGCAUCCUGCGCCGAAUUCUCUGCUCUGGUAAUCUUCCCACACACCCUUCAGAUCAGAUCGUAGAAGCUGAUUCAGUGGUAUACGAAAAGGAUCAAGAAUUCAAGGCCAAGGAUAAGAUUGAGACUGCUGCCACGCCUGGGAUAGUGGCAAGGCUGAUGGGUUUGGAGUCGAUGCCAGAGAUCAACUGGAUGAAUUCACGCUCAAACCCAGAUUCAAUUUCGCGUAGCCGAUCCAUGAAUUCUGCUGAUCACUUGGCGGGAUUUGAUCCAAUGCAGGGGCAGCAUCGACGGGUCAAAUCCACAUUGUCCUUCAGAGAGAUGCCGACCUUCCUCGAGCUGGAAAACGAUAACUUUCUUAUACUCAGUUUCGAAAAUGGAGGUAGAAGUACAGAGUUAAGAUCAAGAGGGAGGAACUCCGAUCUGAGUUUUGGAGAAUCGAAGCAAAGAAGAGCAGAAAGAUGUAAAAAAGUGGAAAAUAGAACAGAUAGGGUGUCAGAAAAGAAGAAGAAGAAGAAGAUCGACAACAACAAAGAAGAUCGAGAAGACGAGAAGGUCUUAGAUAAUUUGGAUGAACGGGAAAAGAGAAGUAAGAGAAUCUCUGAUAAGGCUAUUGAGAAGGCAGGGAAUAAUGGCAAAGCUGAAGGCUCAACUAUUACUCCUUCUCCUUCAAAAAGAACCAAUGAAAAACGACAAAUUGCCAUUGAAACAGUCAAAAUGUCCAUAUCCAGUAACCACGGGGAAGUCAUCAAUGGAGGGAAGCUAAGGAAGAAGAAGAAGAAGAAGAAGAAGAAACAAAGUCCUUGUGUGGUUCAAAAGGCGGAACCUGAGUGUAGCUCCGAAGAUUCGAGCCCGGUUUCUGUCCUUGAUUUUGGUCAUUUCCUUAUUGAUCGUGUAAUUCCAACAUCAGACACUGAUUAUCGAUCGACAGAAGAAGAUUCUAGUUUGGCUGAAUCAAAGUCACGAAGGAAGUUGUCAUCGGAGCUGGAGAAUUGCAGACAGAAAUCUCCACGAAAAGACGAUAAUUUGAUCGGUGAUAAGCUAAAGACACAGAAAAUCGAAGGCCAAUAUGAUGGAACAAAGCAGAAAGAGUGUCAGAGUCUAAACUACGAGGAUGUGUGGGGUGAAAUUCUCAGGUUGACAGGAGCAGAGUUGAUCGGAUCAAAUUGGGUAUGCAGGGAAAUAUGGAAGCAUGAAGAUUUUGAAGGUAUUGGUGUAAAUUUUGAGGUGGGCAUUCUUGAUCAAUUGCUAGAUGAGGUGGUCGGUGAACUAUCUGGACUUCCAUGAAAUUUUGAACUUUGUAAGACUAACAACCUUUGUAAAUUCUCAUUUACAAUAAACUUUACAAAGAAUGUUUUUUUUUCUUUUUAAUUAUUGUUAUGCUUUAUCACGUCAUUUUAAAUUGAGUAAUGAUA